GGAGGCGCGUCCGGUGGCGGACUGCGCGGGUUGCCGUGAGAACCCUUGACAACAAAAGGCCCGGGCGGCGGCUGAGGCGCGGUAGAGCCAAGUCGAGGACCCCUGCGCCCCCUCCCGUAACCAGCGCUUUCCCGGGCCGGAGUCCAGAUCUUCCAUAAAAUGGAUAUUUCUCACACUAGAUACUGAACAUUAAGUAGAUGAUUUAUUCAGUAAAAUCUAAGCUGCCAUGGAAGAAAUACCAGUAAAAGUCGCCGUAAGAAUUAGACCUCUACUUUGUAAAGAAGUUCUUCAUAACCAUCAAGUUUGUGUGAGAGUUAUUCCAAACACCCAGCAAAUUAUCAUUGGGAGAGAUAGAGUUUUUACUUUUGAUUUUGUUUUUGGCAAAAAUUCCACUCAAGAUGAAAUUUAUAAUACAUGUAUAAAGCCCCUAGUGUUGUCACUCAUUGAGGGCUAUAAUGCAACUGUUUUUGCCUAUGGACAGACUGGAUCUGGGAAGACAUACACCAUUGGAGGAGGCCAUGUUGCAUCAGUAGUGGAGGGUCAAAAGGGUAUCAUUCCUCGAGCCAUCCAAGAAAUAUUUCAAAGCGUCUCUGAAAAUCCUAACAUUGACUUUAAUAUAAAAGUAUCCUACAUAGAAGUAUACAAGGAGGACCUAAGAGAUCUUCUAGAACUGGAGACAUCCAUGAAAGAUCUUCACAUCCGAGAAGAUGAAAAAGGAAACACAGUGAUUGUUGGGGUCAAGGAAUGCCAUGUGGAGAGUGUGGAUGAAGUGAUGAGUCUCCUAGAGGUGGGGAAUGCCGCUAGACAUACAGGUACCACGCACAUGAAUGAGCACUCCAGCAGGUCACAUGCAAUUUUUACAAUCAGCAUUUGUCAAGUUGAGAAAAAUGCAGAGGCCUCUGAUGAUGGAUCAUGGUAUUCCCAUCGGCAUAUCAUCUCCAAGUUCCAUUUUGUAGAUUUGGCUGGAUCAGAACGAGUUACCAAAACAGGGAAUACUGGUGAACGGUUCAAAGAAUCCAUUCAAAUCAACAGUGGAUUGCUGGCUUUAGGAAAUGUAAUAAGUGCCCUUGGGGACCCACGCAGGAAGAGCUCACAUAUUCCAUACAGAGAUGCUAAAAUUACUCGGCUUCUGAAAGAUUCCCUAGGAGGCAGUGCCAAGACUGUCAUGAUCACCUGUGUCAGCCCAUCCUCCUCGGAUUUUGAUGAGUCUUUAAAUUCUCUCAAAUAUGCCAACAGAGCUCGCAACAUUAGAAACAAACCCACUUUAAACUUUAGUCCCAAGUCAGACCGUAUGGAUGAAAUGGAAUUUGAAAUUAAGUUGCUGAGAGAAGCUUUGCAAAGCCAGCAGGCUAGUGUCAGCCGAACUAGCCAAGUCCUACGAGAGAGCACUCCUGAUAAAAAUAGGAUCCAUUCUCUAGAGGAGCAAGUAGCUCAGCUACAAGGGGAAUGUCAGGGCUACCAAAAUUGUAUAGAAGAAGCCUUUAACUUCCUGGUGGACCUAAAAGAUGCUGUUAGAUUAAACCAGAAACAGCAAGAUCAACUUCAGGAAUGGUUUAACAUGACCCAAGAGGUCAGAAAGGCUGUCCUCCCUUCAUUCCAAGGAAGCCAGGGCACUGGAGACCUGGAAGAAGGACCACAGCAUGUUACAGUUCUCCAGCUGAAGAGAGAGCUUAAGAAAUACCAGUGUGCUCUGGCUGCUGCUGACACUAUAUUUAAUCAGAAGGAACUGGAGGUGAAAAAACUAAAGAAACAAGUGCAAGAGUUGAUACAGGAAAACAAAGGAUAUAUUGUGUCUUUGAAAGAAGCACAGAGAGUGAAUAGAUUACAGAGUGAAAAAAUAAUAGAACAGCAACUUCUUAUGGAUCAACUGAGUGAAGAAUUAACAAAACUUAACGUGUCAGUGACUUGUUCAACUAAGGAAAAUUGUGGAGAUGGGCCUGAUCCUAGAAUUCUUGAAAAGAGACCAUAUACUGUACCAUUUGAUGCUCAUUUGGGGCAUUAUAUUUAUACCCCAUCAAGACGAGACUCCAGAAAGGUCUACUCAAGUCCUCCUAUGUACUCUCUGGAUCAAGUAUUUGCUGGAUUUCGAUCACGAAGUCAGAUGCUCUUGGGUUGCAUAGAAGAACAAGAUGAAGUCCUCCACUGCCAAUUUUCUGAUAACAGUGAUGAUGAAGAAUCAGAUGGCCAAGAAAAAUCUAGAAUUGGCUGUAAAGGUCGUCAGUGGAUUAAAAAGCCAGCUUCUAUUUGUUCUCUUGUUGAGUUGAAUGAUAUUCAAGAUGAAACGCAAAAGUCAACUUUGGGAAAUGAAGAUUUAAAGAUUGAAUGCCUUCGGAAGAGUCAAGAGUCAAAUUUGCAAAAAUUAAGAAGUUCAGAACUCAUACUUAAUGAAGCUAAACAAAAAAUGAGAGAACUUACAAUUAACAUCAAGAUGAAAGAAGAUCUGAUUAAAGAGCUAAUAAAAACAGGUAAUGAUGCCAAAUCUGUAAGCAAGCAGUAUUCUCUGAAAGUAACAAAACUAGAGCAUGAAGCAGAGCAGGCGAAAGUGGAGCUGACUGAAACACAGAAACAGCUACAGGAACUGGAAAACAAAAAUCUUUCUGAUACUGCUUUGAAGGUCAAAUUACAGAAAGAGUUCCGUAAAAAGAUGGAUGCUGCAAAGAUGAGAAUCCAGGUCUUACAGAAGAAGCAACAAGAUAGUAGGAAUUUUGCGUCAUUGUCGAUUCAUAAUGAGAAACGUGCCCAUGAACUAGAGCAGAAUGUAGAUCACAUGAGAUACCAAAAGGUACAGCUGCAAAAAAGACUUCGAGAGGAAAAUGAAAAAAAGAAGCAACUAGAUGAAGAAAUUCAGCGAGAUCAGCAAAAAAUCAAAGAGCUUCAGUUAAAAAACGAACAGGAAGAAGGUCUAAAACUGAAAGCUCAGGACCUUGACACAUGUCACUUACAAAAGAGAAAAGGCCCUUUUGGACAGGUAGAACCACUCCAGAAACUGGAUGAACAAAAGAAAUGGUUAGAUGAGGAAGUAGAGAAAGUUCUGAACCAACGCCAAGAAUUAGAGCAGCUGGAAGAAGACCUAAAGAAACGUGAAGCCAUAGUUUCUAAGAAGGAGGCCUUGCUACAGGAGAAGAGCCACCUGGAGAGUAAGAAGUUGAGAUCUAGUCAGGCCUUAAGCACUGAUAGUUUGAAAAUAUCAACUCGCCUGAACUUGUUGGACCAGGAGUUGUCUGAAAAGAAUAUGCAGUUUGAGAGCAGCACAACUGAGGAGAAAAUAAAGAUUUCAGAACAAGUUCAAGUUCUUCAGAAAGAAAAGGAUCUUCUCCAGAGACAAAGAAACAGUGUGGAUGAGAAACUUAAAAAUGGUAGAGUUCUAUCACCUGAAGAAGAACAUGUUCUUUUCCAACUUGAAGAGGGGAUUGAAGCUUUGGAGGCUGCAAUUGAAUACAAGAAUGAAAGUAUCCAGAGCCGCCAGAACUCACUUCGAGCAUCACUCCAAAAUCUCUCUCACAGUGAAGCAAAUGUCCUGGAGAAACUAAUUUGUCUGAAUCCUGUUGAGAUUAGGGCUAUCCUUCUCAGAUACUUCAAUAAGGUGGUUAAUUUACGAGAAGCUGAACGGAAACAACAGUUAGAAAAUGAAGAGAUUAAAUUAAAGGUUCUUGAACAGGAUAAUAUGAUUCGUGAGUUGAAAUCUGCACUGGAACGUCUGAAGUUACAAUGUGAUCGGAAGCUGACCCUCCAACAAAAGGAACAUGAAAAAAAGAUGCAGAUGUUGUUACAUCACUUCAAAGAGCAAGAUGGAGAAGGCAUUAAAGAAACUUUAAAAACAUAUGAAGAUAAAAUCCAGCAGUUGGAAAAAGAUCUUUAUUUCUAUAAAAAAAACAGCAGAGAUCUUAAGAAGAAGCUUAAAGAAGUGGCGCGGGAAGCAGUUCAGUGGCAACUAGCAUUGUCAGAACAUCCAAAUGCUGGAGAUGGAGUCCUGAAUCCAGAAGAGACAAGUGUGCUUUCAGAAGAAUUAAAAUGGGCAUCCAGAACUGAAAGUGCAAAACUAAAUGGAAGAGAAAAAGAAGUGGACAGUUUCCCAAGCAAACUAGGAAUACAACCACAUUCUCAGUUUUGGGAAGAUGUCACAGAAUUGCCUGCAGUUUAUAGCUCUGUAGCACCCCCUAGUGGACAAUUAAGCAAUAUGGCUAAAACAGAUGAAAAUCAUUUUACACAUCCUCACAGUCGAACAUCACCCCAAAUUCAGUCAGUAGGAAAUGUGGAACAACUUCAUGGUAUCACACCUGUAAAACUGUGUCGCAAAGAAUUACGUCAGAUUUCUGCCAUGGAACUCUCAUUACGACGUUCCAAUCUUGGAGUAGGAGUUGGAUCAAUGACUGCUGAUUCCAUUGAAGUAUCUAGGAAACCGAGUGAUUUAAAAACUUAGGCAUUUAACAGUAGAACUUUUAAUGUAGUGAAUAAAAAAAGAUUUCUUUUUCUAACUAGUUAAAAAUUAAAACUCAAGUUCACUAGGAUCCAAGAAAAAGGAAAGGAUUGAAUUUCUCAUCUAUUUGUGUAUUUAUGGACAUAUAUACCUGCUGUAGUGUAUUUUUAUUUCUAAUUUGCAUUUCCAUAGUAGUCAAACAAUUUUAUUCAAAUAUUUGAUAACAUUUAAAUAUUUCCACUUAUAAGAAGUAUGCUUAAAUUUUCAGGCAUUUUUAUAGGCAUAUUUGAAGAAUAUUCAAAGAAUAGAUUAAACUAUCCUUCAAAUGUAUAUUACUAUAACACUAUGUUAUAGCAUAUUACAAUGUCCAAUAACUUAUUGUUAUUCUAAAACACAAGUGUAUUUCUAUUUUUAGAAGAUCCAACUAAGUAUUUAGCUUGUAUCAGAGGUAGUUCAUCAGUUGUGUAUGUGUUGGCUGGAAUUGUUUUACAUUAUUAGUUUGCUAAUAGAAUGAAUGUUUCGCUUU